AGUAGCCAGCAGCUCUUUCUUUAGUGGUUUGUGUGACGCUCUGUCCUUUGCAAUCAUGAGUUACUCUCGCUCUGUGUAUUCUUCCACCUCUACCGUAGGAACGGGCGCUUACCGUCCCUUGAGCUCUGCUCCCCGGUUUGUACCAGGGAGCAGCUCUGCCAGUGUCCAUGCUGGAGCAGGGGGUUCAGGGGCCCGGAUCUCAGUGUCCAGGGUAUCCACAGUGGGAUCUGGGUUUGGCGGAUCCGGGUUUGGCGGAUCCGGGUUUGGCGGGGGCUACGGUGCUGUAAAUCUGAUUGGAGGGGUCCAGAAUGAGAAGGAGACCAUGCAGGACCUCAACGAUCGUCUGGCAUCCUACCUGGAGAGGGUGCGCAGCUUAGAAUCAGCCAACCAGAAACUGGAGGUGCAGAUCCGUCAGCAUAUGGAAAAGAAGGGCCCCUCCAAGGAUUAUAGCCCGUACUACAAAACUCUGGAAGACCUAAGGAAACUGGUGUUUGAUAGCACAGUUGAGAACUCUCAGCUGGUUCUGCAGAUUGAUAACGCACGCCUGGCUGCCGACGACUUCAGAGUAAAGUAUGAAGCUGAGCUGGCAAUCCGUCAGUCCGUUGAAGCUGAUAUUGGAGGACUGCGUAAGGUCAUAGAUGAUACCAACAUAAACAGACUGAACCUGGAGAAUGAGAUUGAAUCCCUGAAGGAGGAGCUAAUAUUCCUGAAGAAGAACCACCAAGAUGAUGUUAAAGAACUUCAGGCACAGAUUGCUGGCUCUGCAGUUAGUGUUGAGGUAGAUGCUCCCAACACUCAAGACCUUGGCAAAGUUAUGGCAGAAAUCCGGGCACAAUACGAUGUACUAGCACAGAAGAACCGUGAAGAUGCAGAGAAAUGGUAUCAGUCAAAGGUGGAAGAGCAUACAGUUCAGAUCACACAGGAUACCCAAGAACUUCAAUCUGCAAGGACCACUGUUACAGAGAUUAAACGUACCCUACAGUCACUGGAAAUAGAGCUUGAUUCCCUGCGCAACCAGAAAGCCAACCUUGAAGGUACAUUAGCUGAAACAGAAAAUCAUUAUGUAAUGCAGCUGGAAAUGCUUGGUGGAAACGUACUAUCUCUGGAAGCAGAACUAUCUCAAGUGCGCAGUGAUUGUCAGCGACAACAACAGGAGUACCAGGUUCUGCUCAACAUCAAGAUGAAGCUGGAGGCAGAAAUCCAAACAUACAGACGCCUCCUCGAGGGAGAUGACCUUGAUCUACAAGAUGCAGUCACAGCCUCAACAACACAGACGGUGAAGAAAGUCAUCACAACCACACAGAAGAUAGUAGAUGGAAAAGUUGUUUCAGAAAGCAAUGACACACACGUUCUGAAGUCCUAACUUGUUCCACAUACUGCCAGGACACAAUGUUUCUCAUGUCCAAUACAUGCAAUAAAUAAAGGUCACUGGUUUCAUUCUUA